AUGGCUCAAUCGACAGCUGUAUUUCAUCGGUCUCUCGAGAAAGCCUACCCAACGGCAGUGGCUGGACAAGGUGUCUAUCUCGGGACGGAUGACGGUCGGAAGAUCAUCGACGGGAGCUCUGGCGCCGCUGUCUCAUCCAUCGGGCAUGGGAAUGCGGAAGUCGUAGAGGCGAUCUGUGAACAGGCGCGAAAUCUCGCUUUCGCCCACUCGUCCUUCUUCACGUCGGAUCCGGCAGAGGACCUUGCCAGAGUUCUGAUUGACAGCAGCGACAGUGCAUUCUCUAAUGCUCUGUUCUUGUCGUCGGGGUCCGAGGCAGUUGAGUCCGCGUUGAAGCUUGCACGGCAAUACCACAUCUUCAAUGGCGAGCCGGAGCGCGUCCAUUUUAUUGGUAGGAUGAACGCAUAUCAUGGCAACACACUCGGUGCGCUAGCAGCGGGCAACAACCCUGCGAGAAGAGCGGCUUUCCAUCCGAUGCUGUCGACCCGGUUUCGCCACGUCAGCCGAUGCUUCUACCAGAAGGACGGCCAAGGGCGGUCGGAAGCCGAAUACGAAGAUUUCCUGAUCACGGAGCUGGAGAUAAGAUAG